AUGGCGACACUUAUCCUUGAAAAUCCAAGCGACCCCAAUGACAACGUCCGGAUUUAUGACAACGAUGGAGCCCUGCUGGUCAGCCCAGACUCAAGCGACAGAUACCAUACUUCCGAGAUGGUGUAUCGCUACUGCAGCAUGAUAUUCAUCUUUGAGAGCGAGUCAGAAUGGUCGAUCUUUUACCUGCAUGCGAAUGGAGAUCAUGGCAACGCGCUCCGUGUUGAAGCUCGAGUCCCCAUUUCACCGGGGAACUAUAUUGUCCUUGAUAAAGGAGGGCAACCAAUCACCGUUCAGCUCACCACUGAGAUUCCCCCACGCCGUGUUCGCACUCGAGACUACAGCACUCGAUCGGCAGGACAGAACGAAAGAGACCAACUGCAGAAACGGUUCCGAGAUGGCCUUCGGACAAGAGACACGCAUUGUGUAAUUUCUGGGCCCCCAUUGAUCCCCAAUGCAGAGACACCAUUUCAGACGAUGGAAGCCAGCCACAUUUUUCCUACAAGCCUGAUCCAGGAGUGGAACAGAAAUAGUUACAAAAGCAACUGGGUUACCGACGACAGCCCUUCAAGUGACAUCGGAGAGAGCGGUCUCUACUCUCUGCAAAAUGGCCUUCUUCUUGAUAAUACUGUUCAUACAUAUUUCGAUGAUUUCAAACUAGGGAUUGACCCAGAUGCAGGCUACAAAAUAAUCAUCUUCAAGGGAGACACGGCAAAACUCGGAGGGAAAUGCCUCAAGGACUCUGCCAGGUAUGGUACCAACCCAAGAAACCGAGUCUCUGCACAUCUCCUGCGUUGGCAUCUAAGGAUGUGCGUGUAUCGAAAUUUGAAGGCCAACGCCGAUGUUCAGGCCGUGUGGGAAGAUGACCUUGGCAGCGAUGACAUGGGCCAGAUCCUUGAGCAGCCAGAUGCUGGACAUAGGAUGGAGGUAGAGCUUUUCACGCGUCUGGGAGGACAAGUGUCUUAG